CAUUCUUUAUAUCCACAGUAAUACCGGUAUUUUUUUAUAUCUGGCAGCCAUGAGGACGGUAGUCUUCUCAUCACUGACCCUUGCUCUGCUGUCUCAGAGAGCCGGGGCUGAUACGACACUCUCACUGAACCCGUCGACAACCUGGGGUACCUGGGAAGGCUGGGGCGUAUCGCUUGCUUGGUGGGCGAAAGCUUUUGGCAAUAGAGAUGACUUGGCCCGUGUAUUCUUCAGUCUGAAUAGCCAAUCCAUCAAUGGUCAAACCCUGCCCGGCCUAGGCUUCAAUAUCGCUCGAUACAAUGCAGGCGCAUGCAGCAACAAUACCUAUGAUGGCUCCAGCAUGGUUGUUUCACCGAAUAUUAAGCCUUCUCGGCAGAUGGAUAGCUUCUGGCUUGAUUGGGCUAGCUCCGACCCUACUUCGUCAAGUUGGAACUGGAACGUCGACGCCAACCAACGCGCGAUGCUACAGAAAGCCAAAGCAAACGGCGCAAACAUCUUCGAGCUGUUUUCUAAUGCCCCGGCUUGGUGGAUGGAUUUAAACCAUGACCCGUCAGGAAAUGGCUUAAUUGAUAAUCUACAAUCUUGGAAUUAUGCCAACCAUUCAGUCUAUCUCGCCAACGUUGCUCAACAUGCCAGCCAGAACUGGGGCAUCACGUUUCAGUCAGUCGAGGCAUUUAAUGAACCUACUUCACCCUGGGGACCUUCUGGUACUCAAGAAGGUUGUCAUUUUUCUAUAUCGACCAUGGCUACAGUUAUUCCAUACCUCAAAACUGCACUCUCUCAAAGAGGGUUGUCGUCCUUUAUUGCUGCCGCAGAUGAGACAUGGUAUGACUUGGCUAUUACGACCUGGAUUGGCCUAGGAAGCUCUGUACAAAGUCAAGUGACGCGUAUCAAUGUGCAUGGUUAUCAGUACGGCGGCGGGCGACGUGAUGUCCUCUAUACCCUUGCCAACGCAGCCGGGAAGAGAUUAUGGAAUAGCGAAUAUGGCGACGGAGACUCAACGGGCGUUUCUUUGUUUUCAAACCUGCUCCUCGACUUUGUUUGGCUCCACCCUACUGCCUGGGUAUACUGGCAAGCCAUUGAUAUCUCAGGCUGGGGACUCAUCGUUGGCGACAACGACGCGUUGACACUCUCAUCGGCAAGCACUAAAUAUUUUGUGCUUGCACAAUUCACGCGCCAUAUCAGGCCUGGCAUGCAGAUUUUGACAACUUUAGAUGGAAACACAGCCGCGGCGUACGAUGCUAGUUCUCAGAAACUCGUGAUUGUUGCUGGAAAUUGGAAUAGUUCUCAAACAAUCACCUUCGAUCUUAGCUCGGCUAAGACUACUCCAGCGAAUGGGGCAACAGUUCCACGAUGGAGCACUCAAACGAGCGGUGGAGAUCAGUAUAAAAGCUAUACAGAUAUAAAGAUCAAUAACGGACAAUUUUCUGUACCUUUUUCUGUUGGGCAAGUCCAGACAUUUGAGAUUAGCGGCGUUGUUUUAAAAUAGGUUAUGGUAUAGUUGUAUUUAAAAGAUUGCAGAGAAGUAAUGGCUUGCAGUUAUCUUCUUGCUCCUCUUGCUCUUCUCGUGCCUGGAAUUAUCCUUCUGCUUGUCCAUAUUCAUCUCUUCCUAUUGUUUCUCUUACUAAUUCUCCUC